UCCGAAGACCUUGCAGAAAGUCAGGUGGUCGCGAGUUGAGUAUUUCAGCGGCUAUAGGUUAGGCUGCUUCCGCCUGAGUCCACUACCCUUGGAUGCCGUCACCUUUGAGGGAUAUGGGCGACUAUUAAAAGAAAUUGUGGAUACAUCGGCGAAGAUUGGACGCGGUGCGACACGCGAGCCCAAGGCUCGGGAGAGCGGCAAGAUGGGUAGGUCCAGAUCUCGCACGAAAUCGCCUAGCAGCAGGCGGAGACAUAAAAGCAAACACUCCCACAAGCGCUCGAAAUCAAGGGAGAAACGAUCCAACAGCAAGUAUUCAGAAAAGCCAAAAGAACGCAGCUCCAAAUCGAGAAAACGAUCUCACUCCGCAUCGUCCAGCAGUGGGUCGGACAUAUCCGACGACGUUCACGUAGUUGGGCACAAGAAACGCUCCUAUCGUGAGAGGGAGCGCAAAAUGGACGAGGUGGAGAGGCUGGCAGAGAUGGAACGACAGAGGAAAAAGAAAGAAUUAGGAAACAAGGUCUUCGCCACGUGCGCGGUCGGGAGGCAGCGCGAGGUGGAGCAAAAGAUGGUCGAGGAGGAGGCGGCGAAGCGCAUCGAAGAGCUCGUGCAAAAGCGAGUCGAGGAGGAACUGGAGAAGCGCAAGGAAGAGAUCGAAGCGGAGGUCCAAAGGCGCGUCGAAGAGGCUAAGAGGGCAAUGGAGCGACAGAUGAUGGAGGAGAUGGAGUGGCGCCAGGCGAAGCUCCGCGAGGAGGAGAAACGUAGAGAGGAGGAAGAGCGGAAAAAGCGCGAGGAGCUUGAGAGGAUCAUGGAGGAGAACAACAGAAAGAUCGAGGAGGCCCAGAAGAAGCUGGCCGAGGAAAGACUCGCGAUGGUCGAGGAGCAGCGGCUCAUGGAGGAGGAGAGGCAGCGGAUGAGAAAAGAGCACGAGAAGCGAGUCAAGGAGGAGCAGAAGAAGAUCCUGGGGAAGAACAACUCGAGGCCGAAGCUGUCCUUUACCCUGAAGCCGGUUACGUGAGUCUCUGUACACCCCGCGUGCGGCAGUAAGCGAGACACGAGCGCGACGACAACGAGCUUUCCCCUGAGUCCGACCCCAGGGCCAGGGUGGUCGUCGAUGUGGCUCUUCAAGGUCGCGGCCGCGAUGACAUGAUGUCACGCAAGCGACACCAUCUCCGGGCCGAAACGCGUGGUCUUCCGGGCAUGGUUUCCUCAGAAGCGGUUUUCUCAAAAAAGGAGGAAGACGGGAAAGGAAGAUAAAGGGAGGAAGCAUGAAAGCGAGCGAUGCAUCGGAGCAAUCUGUAAAUGACCUCUUACGGACCGAGCUUACCGACAUUGCAGACUCGUGAUUGCAUCUUUGAGAUCGAGAGAGAUAUCGCUUGGAAAUUUGGGUACUUAGAGGUCCUGAAUUACUUUCGAAUGGGACCGUUUGGUUGCAAGGAUAUAUGGUAAAUGGUCCCUGUGUUUUAUUAACGUAGAAUGGGUAAAGCGUGAGACUUGAGAUAACAUUAGACAUUGCAGGGAGGUAAGCUCGGGUGGGUAAAAGACGGUCCUUUUAUCCUCGUAAUCUAUCCAGUGCUCGUCCUUUCUUUUUAAUAUUUUUUAUUUAUUUAAGGAAACCGCUUAAGGGCACCGUGACAACUCCUGAGGGAUCUUCUGGUCCCUUUUCAUGUUACCCUCGAAGAUAGCGCUUUUUGGCCCGCUUUUCGGACAAAAGCCUUCGUCGAAGGCUCGCCAGAGACGCGCGUCCGAUGGCGGAGCCGGUCUGUUGAGUUUUUCUCUCUCUUCUUCUUUUUUUUUUUUUAUUCCUCGGUAUAUCAAAUCAAUCCCGCGUUAUCGAGCGCCGACUUGACCUCGGAGGGAUUAAGUGCAGAACUUUUCUGCGUUACCAAGAGCCGACUCGACCUCGGAGGAUCGAAGUGCAGACCUUUUGCGUCCUACUGGACGUCGGCCCGACCUCGGGCAACAAAAGGUCCGGGAACUAGAUUGAUCCAUCGUCUUCGAGGUCGGCGAGGUCGGUCGAUUCCCGCCACUCUUCCUCCUCGUUUCUUCCCGAUUUUCUACGAAUUCGUCCGUCGGGAUGAAUUAUCCAGGAACCAGAAACCCGUAGUUUUGGAAAUAUGAUUUCUCACCCUUUGGCCGGAAUUCUGAGCAUUGCCAGCGUUUUCGUCUGUAGGUUAUUAAAAUUCUCUAACUAGUCUUCCUUUUUUUCUUUUUUUACCCCGACUAACCCAAUUAGGCGGAAGAGCGUGUAUGAUUUUGUAUCGUGUGAAGUUCGACGUGUGAGCAGUGGAGAAAGUGGGAUUUAUGUGUGUAAAGGCGUUCGCUGAAUUUUUGGAAUUUAAUAAAUUAGUUGCAAGAGUGGUCGGCCGGUAGGAGGUUGAUGAAACUCUCAAGAAAUCCUGGAGAUACGAGUGAUAUAUGUAUAUAUAUAUUUUUUACUUCUUCUUAACAAUGGAAGAAAAGAGGACGAAGAUACGGGGAAUGCUUAUCGGGUGCUCUCGAAGCAGUUCCCGCGUUUAGGAUUAAACGAUGUUUCUUUUUCUUUUCAAAAUAUUACCCGAUAGUGACGAUUAGAGACGCGAAAGUGAUCAAUUUACGUAACUUAAUCUUGUAUGAUAGCGUCCUUAAGGAAAUCUGUUGAUGCAAGAUUCUGUAACCCUCGACAUUGUUACUUGCCGACUGAACAGGUUUCUAUUAAAAGUGACAAAAGGAAAGAAAAGGAGAAAAA